GGUCGGCAUUUGCGGCCCAAGACUGGAGCCAUCUACGGACCCUAUUAAGAAGACUCUCGCUGCUAUUACAAUAGCUAUGGCAACAAAACCUGUUGAACCUCUGUAAAAUUUUAUACCCACUAGUCCACUGCAAUGUCAAUCUCUUUCUCAACUCUUUGUUCUCCAACCCCUCCAUCUCUUCUUUCCAAAUCCCCUCGAAAAACCCGCUUACUCGCCUCUCACCGUACGAAUUCUCUUCCAUUAGACUCUUCCCUAAAACCCCGUUUAGAUUUUAAGCUUACAAAUAGAUUUUCGGAGAAGAAUUCGAAACUUUCGUUAGGUAGAAAUUUAGGGGUUUUGGUUAAAGCUGAAAAUGGGGACAAGGGUGUUGGUGAGGAAGGUGAAAAUGAAGCUAGGGGAUUGAGUACUACGCCUGAGAGGUUUCGAUAUUUGAUGCAAGAAGCUCCUGAUCCUCCUGUUAGGUGGCCUUACUUUAUAGCACUGGGUUUCCUUGUCUAUGCUUGGAGAACUGUAUUAUGGGAACUUUAUAAUUGGAAAAAAGCUGCAACCGGAAUAUUUCAGUUCCUAGGAGACCUCUCAAAACUUGCUCUGGCCCUAGUUUUCCAUUUCAUAGGUGAUCCAGUCACAUCUGUGAUCAGGUUUUUUGAGGAUUCCUUUUAUAAUCUCCGAGCUUUAUACUCUUGGGUAGUGGCAUGUACUCCUGUCUCCGAGUUUACAACAAUAAUCAUCCUGGUGUCUGCAGUAUGUGCAAUUGCAGAGGCUACAAAUUCAGAGGCAGUAAGCAGCCAACCAUAUCUUCUGACAGUAGCAGGCAUCACUGGUUUUGCUGCUGUCAGAGGCGUCAUUUCUGAGCUAUUCUUCUGGACACUCUUGACAGGGUUGUUUGGAUUUGCUCGGUUUGUGAAGAAACGAGAUUACGUUUCAGCUGCUUUGCCUGCCGCAGCUGCUCUAGCCGCCGUUGGAGAACCCUGGGUUAGAGUUAUAGUGAUUGCAUUAUAUCUCACAUUGGCGAUUGUUAGUCAUUCUAAAAAGCCCUUGGAGGAAAGAGAAGUUGAAGCUACUACAACAGGUAGAAAGGUUCCUAUCCCACUGCUCUGUGCAGCAUUGGCUAUUGGUAUCCGAGUUGCUGCUAAAUGGGCUGGGUACCGACACCUAACAUGGAUGAUAGUAUGAUUGAAAUGGUGUCCCAGUCUUCAAAUUGUAAGAGCAAGUCCAAUGCAAGAUGCAAAAUAGCUAUAGCUAUUGUUAUAGUUUAGCACCAAAAAAUGUUUUUUGUUGCUAAAAUAGAACUUCAACUCCAAUGCUAGAUGCAUUUUGCAUCCAAAUAAUUCCAAAAUUAAGUAACUUUGGUCACUCUCUCCUAAACUUUGUUUAAAGUUCACCACUAUACAUACCACUUAUAGUUAGUUGAUGAUGUGGCAUGAAUGCAUAAAUGCAUCUUUGGUUUCAAAUUUAGAACCAAGGAUGCAUAUAUGCAUCUUUGCAUCCAAAUAUAGAACCCCAUUGGAGUUGAGAUUUUUAGCAUUUGAUUUCAAAUUAUAGAAAUGACACCACUUAUAACAUUGCAUUGGACUUGCUCUAAGAACUAAGAAGCCAGCCUGGUGUAUGUCUUUAGAUGAUAGCUAAGGCUACAAAUUUAUGUUUUGAAAUCAAAAUAUGUAUUCUGCUAGUUCCGAAGUCGCAGCUUUUUACAAUUUUGUGAGUUCAAAUAUUGAAUAUUUAAAUAAAUAUUAUUUAAAUAUUUUAUAAUUCUAA